AUGCGUUUAUCUGAUCAGCGGGCCAUUGCUAACCGUUUGCACAGGCGCGACAAAGAGCGUGUUGUCUUCGCUGCAUUUGCGGGCAAAGGGGGGACGAACCGAUUCACGAUGCCGAGCACCGUCUCGUCCAACACGAGGGCCACGCGCUCCAGGCUCUCCAGUCCGCAGAGGAAACCCAACGGGGCUGCAGAAGCUGCCCCGGCGUCGAACGGUACGGAGGGUUCCAAGAAGACUUUUAUGCAGAAAUGGCUCGAGCCGCCGCUCCAGAACAAGGCGAGCUUUCAGGAGAUAGGGCUGCAGCGUCACGGCGUGGUGGAAAACAUGGCCCCUCUCGGGACUCUUCCCAAGGCAGCCAUGUCCAAGAAGCUGAUUGCGGCCGCGGUGAGGGAGUCUUCCGUGGGACAGGACACCAGCACGCCUGUGAGCAAGAAGAUCAUCCUUAAGAGGCCCAACACCACCAACAAUACGCCUGCCGCUGCUGUCGUCGCCGCGCCCACCGAGCAGGAGCCCGAGGCGUUGACGGUGCCUUCCAAGCGACGCAAUUAUUCUGCCAAGGUGGCAGAGGACGACGACGACGACGGGGAUUACAAACCAAAGUCGUCGGGUGCCGUGCAUCAGUCUGCCGCCACUCCCUCCUCACCUUCGGCGGGGCGGAUCAAGGUCACCCGCAGAAGCCUGGCGAAACCCAGCCCUUCGCGGUCGGCUCCGGACUCGCUGCACCACACCACCACCACCGCGGCAGACGAAAAUCUGCCACGGAGCGAAAACCAAGAGAACGUCGACAAAGUGGUCGAGGCUGCCGUGGACGAAGCGCUACGGCAUUUUCGCUACCCUACCGCGUGGGCCCUCAGGACCCUGUAUGACGAAAACUCAUCAAAUCCUCACUUUGUGUCCAUGUUUGAGCAGGUCUUCCAACAGACCGCCACCUCAGAAACCCUCAGGAAAUUCCAACGCCUACUCCACGACAAGAAAAAGGAAGGCAAAAAGGGCAACAAAGGUUGUUAUUAUUUUGUGCCGCCUUCCACCAACAGUCGCUUCACCCCCCACAAACCCCGACCCGCACCCUACGGAGAUCUCGUCAAGCUCGAGCUGCCCAAGAUGAGCGCUUCCGAGCCUGACGCGCAUGUGAGCAAGAAGCUCAAGACGGGCAAGACGCGCAGCACGCCUGCCAGCGGUAAGAAGGCCGGCAGCCACGGCGUCAACGGCAGCAGCCGAGCCCACCUCGAGUCGCCGCUGCGCAAUCGCGGCCAGCGAGCCCUGUCGGUCGGCAGCGACUCGUCACUGUCCUCGGCCCAGUCGGUCUCGCAUCCCGACGAGUUUGGCGACGAGGAGAUGGAGGACGAGGAGGACCGUGGCCGUGGUGGUGCCGUGGCUGGGCGGCCUAGCGCACCCGGAGGCUCGCCCUCUCGCGCACCAGCCGCGACCCAGCCAAUAGCGUCCAGGGUGCGCUCUGUGGCAGCAAAAAAGAAUGGGGACGUGUCUCCCACACCAAACCCGAACUCUCCCUCCUCCAUCCCAGACUCGGCUGCUCCCGGUAUGCCUGCUCUUGUGGACGAUCCCGUUUCCUUCCCCAACCUGCAGCCCGCAACCUCGUCGAGAAAGACGCGUCGGAGCGAGAAGGCCUCCCCUUCCCCUGCGCCCGCCGCCCUCAAGUUCCCCAGCAGGUUUGGACCUCCCGACGAGACGGACCUGAGAUCCCAGUACCGGAACUCGUCGCGCAACUGCUCAGAGAGCCUUAAGAACGCCCCGGAGAGCUUUGUGCGUGGCGGUCGUCAGAGCCACGGCCGUGACAGCUCUGUGCCGGCCAAGCGCAAGGCCGCCAGGGAGCUGGAUGAAGCCGAGGUGGCUACGCCCAAGCAGCAGCAGCAGCUGUCGCAGCAGUCGCGCGGGCCCACGACGCGAAGCACCAGGUCCUCGCGGAAGCGGGCUCACGAUGAUGUCGAUGAUGAGGCAUCGCCCACCUCCCUCAUCUUCCCGCCACCGCCAGAGCCGUCGAGCUCGCGCAUGAACUCGCGAGCGGGAACGCCCAGCAACCCUCGCGCCAGCAAGAAGCCGCGAACUGGGCCUCGAGUCAAGAACUCGCCCAUGAAGAAGAAGGCAGGCCCGUCAGCAGGUGUUCCCCGGGCCAGUGGAGAGCGUGGCAGUCCUGUCCCCAACGGACCCUCAAACAACCAGGAUGAGAAUGACGAUUACUGCUCAUCCUGCGGCGGUAACGGCGAGCUGGUCUGCUGCGACGGAUGCACGCGGGCGUUCCACUUCAAAUGCGUGGAUCCUCCGCUGCUCGAGGGCGCCCUGCCCGACGAGUGGUAUUGCAACGUCUGUCUCGUUACCCGAAACCCCGCAGCCUUGACGCAGCACUCGGGCUGCUUCAGUACUCUCUUGAACAUCAUCGAGAAGAAGAACUCUAGUGCCUUUCGACUUCCGGCCGAUGUUCGUGGCUACUUCGAGGGUGUCAAGACUGGCACCGACGGCGAGUACGAGACUGUUGCGCCGCCCGCCUCCAAGACCAAGAAGCGUGGAGUCUACGACGAUCCUCCAGACUUCUUCAGGAUCCGCACUCCGGAGGGCAGGGCUACUCUAUGCCACAACUGCAGUACUUCGGCCACUGACAACAGGCCUAUCAUACCCUGCAGCCUGUGUGGUCUUUGGUGGCACAUUGACUGCCUCGAUCCUCCGCUUGCCAACCCUCCUGUCUUGAGGACUUGGGUGUGCCCUGCGCAUGUCGACGAUCUUCUUGCCGAGCUGCCUGAUAGUCUGGCUCCGGCACACAAGUUCCGGAAGAUUAAGGGUGCUUCCGUGAUCAAGCCAGCCUUCCGCCGUGGCACUGUCAACAAUGGCUUCGUCGAGGUUGACGAUGACUCGGAGACGGACGCCGCUAGCGGAUGGAAGGAUGUCGGCAGCUUUGGCCGCUUGUACCGCCUGCCCGCCACGGGCGUCAAGCUCGACUUUAUCUCCAAAGUCCGCGAGAAGCGUCGGUUCAGAAAGUCGACGAAACCGGUUGAGCCGGUCCCGCCACGUCAUGACGCUGUGCCGAGCCAGCCCGCGCCACAGCAGGACUCUUAUCUCCGAAACCCCCAGCUUAUUGACCAAGCUCUGGCUACGGACAACCUCCGAGCCGCAACCGGACAGGUCGAUCUUCUGGUUGAGGCAAUGCUGUCGGAGGCUAACCCGAGCAUUCUUGCCGUCAUGGCCCGCGGCAAUGCUCUCAGCAUCGCGAAUGACGACGAGAUCGCUACCGCUGAUCUCCAGUCUCUCCAGGCUGCCCGCGCCCAGAUGGAGGCCAUGAUGGCGAGAAUUGACCAGAGGCUCCAGGCGGCAAACACUCGGCCUGCUCAGGCCCCUGUCGAACAACAGGAGCAGCAGGGCGGUACUGCCAAGAAGGAUGUGUCGACUCCCACAGUCACCACGCCUGAGCCGGAUGAGCCAGUCCCAUCUAUCAAGGACCAAGAAGCUGGUGCCGAUGACAUUGUCGUCAAGACGGACGGCAACUCUCCUGCCAAUGCAGACAUUGAGGACGUCGCCAUGGCCACCCCAGCAGCUACUACUGCCACCGAGGAGAAGCAGGACAUGGCCGACAUCGACAUGGCGAGCAACCCUGGCGAUAUCCCGGGCGACGGAGAGACCCCCAAGGCCAAGAAGACCAGCACCAAAGAUACUGAGAAACUGGACGCCAUGCUGACGCCCUCUACUUCUCCCAUGGCCACCCAGGCCGAUGCUGAUGCCAACACUGAUGGCGGCAAGAUUAUCGAGCCUGCUAAGCCCGACGUGGUCGAGAAGUCCGAGGCUGGAGCAGACUGGGACAUGCGCAUGGACUGA